AUGGCUAAGAAGGGUUACUACGCCGUGCAAAACGGCAGAUCAUCUGGUAUCUAUAACGAUUGGGACUCUUGUAAUUCGCAAGUUUCUGGUUAUAAAGGAGCUGUGUUCAAGAAGUUUGACUCCUACGAGGCCGCUCAGAACUUCGCAAACAGUAGCAGUGGUUUGUCUUCAGGUGGUUCAGGGAGCUAUGGUGGGAACCAGUCUCGCUCAAACUACUCUGGUGGUGGUGGUUCUUCGAAUUACACGAGUCCAUCGUAUUCAGGCUAUGGCUACUCUAACUAUCGCGACACCUCUCCGGAUACCACACCAACGAGGUCCAACUACUCCAGUUAUCAGAGUAAAGUAACAAAACCGACUUUCACGAAGGAUUCCUCGACGAAAAAAUCUCUCUAUUAUGCUGUGAGGAGUGCCAACCCCAAUAUUCCUAGUAAAAUAUUCAAUAAUUGGAAUGACUGUAAGGAUUACACGCACGGCCAGAAGGGUCUUUCGUUCAAGAAAUUCGAUGACCAGAACGGUGCAUCAUCGUUCUUGAGCGGGACUGUUGAUGCUGAGAAGGAUUGCAAGAUCAUAGGUACAUCGUCAGAUGUCUUUGAAACCCGUUACAAAGUUCCAACGACUGCCAAGAAAUUCGAUAAACAGUGCGCUGUCUACUGUGACGGAUCCUCGCUUGCUAACGGUACCACCUCAGCUCGUGCUGGAUACGGUGCGUACUUUGAGGGAGAACCGGAAAAGAACAUCUCCGAGAGACUCCGCACUGGUGCGCAGACGAACAAUAGAGGUGAGAUUCAAGCUGUUUCCAGCGCCCUGGAUAAAAUAUGGGACAAUUUGGCAAAUGAGCCGGAAAAGGUCAACUAUAAGAUCAAGACUGAUUCUGAGUAUGUCGCGAAAUUAUUAAACGACAGAUACGGUUUCUAUUCAGAGGCUGAGCUCUCCAACUUGCCCAACAGUGACUUGGUCGUUCCAUUGGUCCAGAAGUAUGUCAAGACCAAAAUGUACUACCAGGUCAACAAAGAUAAGUUCCAAAAUAACGGUGACUUCUCCAUCGAAUGGGUUAAGGGCCACUCCGGUCAUGAGGGUAAUGAAAUGGCCGACGAACUUGCCAAGCAAGGUGCCUCCAAAUCUUAG